CCCAGCGCUCACAUACUCACACACCCACACUGCUCACAGACUCCCGCCGAGCUGUAAGUACGCGCUGCUUCAUCUCUGCGUCCUCUGCGCGCACAUCUGAGCUCCAAAUCAGGACCGAAGCAAGAACCCGCCGGAACCAUUGGCGAGCAGGAGGAGACUGGAAUAUGGGUUCUAACGCGAUGGACAGUAUGAACCUGUCUCAGGAUCAGAUUGCUAUCCUGGAGGAGAAUUUCAACAAAGUCAGCAAGCAUCCGGACGGCACGACGCUCAUGCUGAUCGCGGCGGAGUGCGGACUGUCAGAGGAGGAAACACAAAAAUGGUUCACGCUACGUAACGCACAGUGGAGGCAGUCAGAGGGUCUUCCAGCUAAACAGGGAUCUGUGCUGGACUGAGAUUUUCCAACCACCUCUUUGGAUGCAGGGAGCUACUUCCUUCUGGACGAACUGACUUCCCCUCCUAUUCCUCACGUUUCCCUCUCUGUUUGUUUUUGUAUCUUUGAAGCUGUUUUAUCUUACAGAAUGUGAAGGUUUUUGUGUGUUGCUGCCAAUAUAUCUGCCAUGUUUACAGAAAUAAACA